GGAAAUUUGAGGAAAUAAAAUAACAAGGAGAGUCGCUAAUUGUGACGAUUGUUGUGCAAAUAAUUCCCGUUAUCUGAAUUUGCUGAGACAACUGAAGAGGAUGUCAUUAUAUCUUCUCAGAGACGAUCGAGAUGUUGGGAUUGAUUUUCAGUUUUGUUAUUAUCAUAACGACAAUUGUUUCCGGUGAGGCCACGACCUGGACACCAUCCCUGGGGGAUGAUAACACGUCAGAAAUAAGGGAGCAUCGCCAGGGAAGAUUUUUCCCACUGUUCAGUGUUGUACGCUUCGCAAACUCCGAGUGUUUCGGUUCCAAUUCGUUCAAUGGUACUUGUUUUACGAAGAGAGAGUGCUCAAAGUACGGCGGAAAUCCCUCGGGAUCUUGCGCUACUAAUUUAGGAGUUUGCUGCACUUUUCGAAAAACAUGUGGGGCCACUACAAAGAUCAACAAUACGUACUUUGUUAAUGAGGGGUAUUACUCUGCUCAUACUGGCUCAGAGAGAUGUAUGAUAACAGUUUACCCUUGUACAACGAAUGUGUGCCAGUUGAGGAUUGAAUUUUUGGAUUUCAAUUUGGCUCAGCCAAACGCCUCCGGAAUUUGCGAUUUGGAUUUCCUACUUGUUACUGGAUCUGCUAGAAGAGUCCCAAGGAUCUGUGGUGAAAAUGUUGGCCAACACAUUUAUGUGGAUUUCAAUGGUAAUAAUCCGAUUGCCAUUUCGGUGAUUACGAAUGCCGCGUACAGAUUUGCUCGCAAGUGGAAUCUGAGACUCCAGCAGAUAGCGUGUGACUCUCCAUGGCGAGCCCCCAGUAGUUGCCUGCAGUAUUAUAAAAGUAUUUCUGGUACAGUAAUGAGUUUCAAUUACGGGACUACAACCAAUUCUCGAGUUCCAGCAACAUUGCCUUUUGGCACAAGACAAUUACAGAAUUUAAAUUACAAAAUCUGCGUUCGUCCAGCCUUGGGGUACUGUACGAUAGAGUGGUCACAACCAGAUACAACUUCAUUCACAGUUUCUGGGGAUUCUGGACUGAUCACUGGAGCCGCUGGUGAAGACUUCUCUGAGGAAGGCCUUGACUGCACCCAUAAUUACGUCAUAAUUCCAAAUCCCUCGAAUUCGACGGGAGCUCGUUACGAUACAGAUAGAUUCUGUGGGAAUGGCUUUCAGACUAAGACAAGCGCCUGUUUUAUUCUCUACGUCGUAACGAAUCCACCACCGAAUGAAAUGAUAGACGUGGAAAAUCGAGGAUUCACUUUAAAUUAUCGGCAAUUGGCGUGUGAAGUUUGAUAAUAAAAUUCAGCUUUUAACAUCUCAUUAUUUCAGCAUCAAUAAAUUUUUCUCGUGCUCGUAUAAAGUGAUCGCGUAAAAUCACGGAAUUUGAAAAUAAAUGUUUAUUAAUUCAGGAAUGAAAUUAAUUGAAAAAUCAUAAAAAUGAGAAAUAAUUCAACUUGUGGAACCAUAACAAUGAUUUAUGAUUUAUCUUUCGUGUACGUGGAUUUCAGCAAUAAUCUCAUUACCAUCUCAAUAAAAUUAAAACAAAUUAGUUCGCAGGCGAAAUGCGAGACUAGCUGAUAGCAGAUAACUCCUGAGUUGAAGUAGGCGACUCGAAAAUUUAUGACAUCGUCUUAACCAGUUUACGACACUGACGGGAAAAUAAUUUAUUCCAGACCAAGUCUUGUCCAAAUAAAUCGUUGUUUGAAAAUUUCCAAGAGUUAGAUUUAUUGAAUCUGUGAAGAGUAAACUGUUG